AUAACUAGCCCCCGUGCUCCACCCCAGAGGUGGCGCGUCUCAGUGUCCCUGUAUAAACCCAUUCCUGGCUCCUGGACGCCCACAGGCCAGGCCGUGGCUGUUACCCCUCUGGACAUGGCCAGGCCAAGGUCUCCAGACGUCAGCAGGAACAAGCUGUCGGAAGACUUGCACCCCCCGGCCCUGACGCCCUGGGGAGCCGACCGGGCUCGGCUGGGAUGGAGCCUGCUGUCGAGUGACCCCCAGACCUCCCUGAACCACUGAUACGCCAUGUCCGUGGCCAACGGGUCUGUGAACGUCACAGUCGGGUUCCCGUAUAUCAGCACCUGCGGCUCCGACCCUCCCCAGAGCUGCAUCUUCAGUCAAGUGCUGAAUGUGGGGGCGUUCCUGGUCGUCUGGAUCAGCUGCCUGAGGUUCCAGCAGGUUCGGGACUGGGGGGGUCCCUGUGCCCUGAACGCGGCCGGCCUCUGCCUGGGGCUGCUCUGCGCCCUGGGAGCCUCCGUCGUGGGCAACUUCCAGCAAAGUAACCAGCUGGAGACUCACUUGUUUGGGGCGUUUCUGGCCUUCGUCGUGGGCGUCGUUUACUUCUGGGUCCAGGCGGCGCUGACCAAUCGGGUGAAGCCGCAGCGCGGCGGGCGCUGGAUCGGACCAACCCGGUUCUGUCUCAGCGCCGGCAGCACGGCCCUGCUCGUGGCCAUGUUCGCUCUGCACGGGCUGGGGCUGCGGUCGGAAGCCGCCGCCUGCGAAUGGACCUUGGCCCUGACCCUCUUCCUCCUCUUCGGCCUCUUCGCUGUGGAUUUCCGGCACAUCGAGUCCUGCUCCCUGCGGCUGCAGCGCCGGGCACCUGCCCCCACCCUGGAGCUGGGCGCCGCCUCCACGCAGACCCUGGCGCCCUAGGCCCAGCCCUGCCCGGCCAGGCGCCCCCAGGGCUUGGGGGCAGGGACCCUUGUGCCCCCCUGGGGCUGGAUGGCCACCCCCAGCUCUUCCCCCCGCCCCCUGCUGGGGGCACUGCCGGGGGGAAGCUCGCAGCGCUGGGGGCUGGCUGGCUGCUGGGAUGAGACUGGUGGAGCCUUGGUUCAGGUGUGCGGGGGGGGGAAUGUUCAGAGAGCCCCAUAUUCCCCCCCCCGGGGGACAGAAGUGCUCUGACCCCCCCCGGGGGACAGCAGUGCUCUGACCCCCCCCACACACACACACGGGG